AUGAGUUACAAAUCUAUAAAAACUGCUUCGCUAUUGAAGGAUUCUGAUGAUCAAAGAACAAAUCAACGUAAAAAAAAUAUGCUUCUUAUUGUUUUGCAAUAUCUUCACGAUGAAGGUUACAUUAAUUCUGCUGAGACUCUUGGAAAAGAAACAAAUUUAAAUCUAUCAAAAUAUGAAGUCUGUGAUAACAUUAAUUUAGAAACCAUUUUAAUGGAUUUCGAAGCAUAUUAUCACGUUAAAUUCAAUAGAUAUCCAAAAAUUUCCAAAAAAAUCGAUUUGCCUGAUGUAUCGAUAAGGCCUCAUGGGAAUUCUUGUCCAGCUAAACGUGUGAGUAAUUUUGUUAAAGAUUCAAACAAACACAACGGUGAUGGCAAAAUUGACGCAACUUUACCUAGAAUCAACUCUUAUAACUGUAAAAAAGUGUCUCAUUCAAAUUUAGAUGAUUUUCAGAACCUUAAUCAGUUAAAAGUUAAACCGACAAUGAGCUCAUCAACGAACGGAAAUAGUCAAGAAAAUCUUAACAACAACUAUGAAUCUAAUAAACUUUUGCCAAUUGUUGGCCAACCAUUGCUCAACGGCAAAACAUUUGUUAAUGAUAAAACUGAAGGGGUUGAUUGCAAACAAAUCUUACAUUCUACUAUGAAAAUUAAUCAGUGCUCAAACUAUAAUGACAAUGUCGAAGAUAGGUUAUUAAAGCCAUUGGGUGGUUAUAUUGGUUAUUCAUCUGAAUGGAAAGAGCUGGCUCAAGUUGUAUCAAGAGAUAUUUAUUUACAAAAUCCUAAUGUCAACUGGACUGAUAUUAUUGGUCUAGAAAAUGCUAAAAACAUAGUAAAGGAAUCGGUAGUGUAUCCCAUAAAAUUUCCUCAAUUUUUCACGGGUAUAUUAUCACCAUGGAAAGGACUUUUAUUAUAUGGUCCUCCAGGAACUGGUAAAACGUUGUUAGCAAAAGCAAUAGCCACCGAAUGCAAGACAACUUUUUUCAACAUAUCAGCCUCUACUAUUGUCAGCAAAUGGAGGGGAGACUCAGAAAAAUUGGUGAGAGUUUUAUUUGAGCUAGCUCGUUUCCAUGCUCCUUCUACAAUUUUUCUCGAUGAAAUCGAUGCGUUAAUGGGUGAAAGAGGAGGGCCAAAUGGUGAACAUGAAGGUAGUCGGCGUAUGAAAACUGAACUUCUUGUUCAAAUGGAUGGUCUGGCAAAAUCAAAUGAUCUGGUAUUCUUACUUGCUGCUUCUAAUUUGCCGUGGGAGUUAGACCACGCACUGUUAAGAAGACUUGAGAAACGUAUACUUAUAGGGUUACCAAAUCUCGAAGCCAGAAAAUCCAUGUUUGAACAUCAUUUGCCACCAGUUGUUUGUCCUGAAGAUAAUAAUAGAACAAAGUUAUUAGCAGAUUUGAAUUAUAAUGAUUUGGCAAGUUUGACUGAUGGUUAUUCUGGUUCAGAUAUAUACGUUGUCUGCAAAGAAGCUGCCAUGAGACCAUUACGAAAAGUAUUUUCAAUUUUAGAAAAUAGUAAAAUUGAAGAUGAAUUGCACAUUUCGUUAGAAACUAUUACUACGAGUGACGUGAAAUGGGUUCUUUCCAGAACAAAACCAUCCGCAAAUAAACUUUUAGGAAAAUUUUUGAAAUGGCAGAGCGAAUAUGAAUCAAGUUAA